AUGUAUCUCAUCACAACUCUCCUACUACUAGCAACUACUGCCCAAGCGCACUACCGCUUCUCUAAGAUCAUCGUGGGUGGCACUCCUGAGACCAAAGAAUGGACCGCUGUCCGGCAAACCAAGAACUACCAAACCAAUGCUGGUGUGACUUCCGUCACAAGCACAGAUAUGCGAUGCUUCCAAAACAAAGCCGGUACUAGUACUGCCACCAUUGCUGCCGGCCAGCCGUUGGGUUUCGUAGCCGCGGCAAGUAUAUCGCACUUCGGACCUGUGCAAUUUUACAUGGCGAAGGUGCCAGACAGUGUGGACAUCAACACGUGGGAGGCGGUUGGCAAUGUGUGGUUCAAGGCUGCCAGUAUCUCCGCGGUGGGAAGUCCGUUGACGAGUAGUGCGAGUACUUGGCCCGCUUAUCAAAAGUCUGAGGUUGAGUUCACGAUUCCCAAAAACGUUCCAAGUGGCAAGUACCUUGUUCGCGUAGAAAGUAUCGCUCUCCACCAAGCACAGAAUGUCGGCGGCGCACAAAUUUAUCUGUCUUGUGCGCAAGUCGAUGUCAUAGACGGAGGGAACGGUAAGCCGGGACCGUUGGUUUCGUUUCCCGGGGCGUAUAACGCGAACGAUCCAGGUCUCAGGUGGUCAUACUACCCGAUUGCGACAAGCUACACCGCUCCUGGGCCGGCAGUUUGGGAUGGGAACUAAUGUUGCAAUCUUCUAAGUUAGGAAACACGAGGAAGCAACGAGAAGUUCCAGGAUUGUGUGCGGAACUCGGGCUGUUGCUCUGAGCAUGGUAUUAGGGGAAUGUGAAUGACCGAAUGUAUUCUUGUGGGACAUGCAGCCCUGCACAUAUUUAUUCAUGAUGGCUUCGCGGCCCCGUUGAUUGAAUUGGGUUGGGAUGGUGAGGCUAUAGUCGAAAAUCUGGUAUCUACUGCGAAG